AUGCCAUUGUUGCUCCAGGUAAAGGGAUUCUUGCGGCUGACGAGAGCACGGGUAAUUGCAUUUUUUUUAACCUCAAUAGCCACUGUUGGCAAAAGGUUUUCCGCCAUCGGAGUUGAAAAUAAUGUAGAAAAUCGUCGUCUUUAUCGGCAACUUCUAUUUUCUGCCGAUAGAUGUCUUGCAAAAAAUAUUUCUGGGGUCAUUCUUUAUGAAGAGACUCUAUACCAAAAAGCUGACGAUGGUACUUCACUUGUAAAACUUUUACAAGACCGUGGUAUUAUCCCUGGCAUUAAAGUCGACAAGGGUGUCGUUCCCUUGGCUGGCUCUAUCAAUGAGUGCACUACUCAGGGUCUAGAUGAUCUUGCUACUCGCUGUGCUCAGUAUAAAAAGGACGGGUGCCAUUUUGCUAAAUGGCGUUGUGUCUUGAAAAUAUCCUCUCACACUCCUUCUUACCAGGCCAUGAUUGAAAAUGCCAACGUCCUCGCUAGAUAUGCUUCAAUAUGUCAGCAGAAUGGAUUGGUUCCUAUCGUUGAGCCUGAGGUCCUGCCAGAUGGUGACCACGAUCUUCCCACGGCUCAAAAAGUUACUGAGCAGGUUCUUGCAUUUGUUUACAAAGCGUUGGCCGAUCACCACGUUUAUUUGGAAGGAACUCUUCUUAAGCCAAAUAUGGUCACAGCAGGCCAAGCUUGCAAAAAGUCAUUCACAGCUGUUCAAAAUGCUCUUGCUACCGUUACUGCAUUACAAAGAACUGUGCCUCCCGCGGUCGCAGGUGUAACCUUCCUAUCUGGUGGCCAAUCUGAAUUGGAUGCCACUAUCAACUUGAACGAAAUCAACAAAGUUCCUGGACGUAAACCCUGGGCAUUGACAUUUAGUUUUGGUCGGGCUCUUCAGGCCUCUGUUCUUGAGGCAUGGAAAGGAAAAGCUGAAAAUGUGUCAGCUGCCCAAAAAGAACUUAUUAACCUUGCCUCGGUACGCCUUGCGAACGGCGCUGCCGCUUGCGGACAAUUUGCUGGUAAUCUGGAUACAGCAGCUGGCGGAAAGUCACUCUUCGUUGCCAACCAUGCAUAUUAA